AAGACAGCUGAUCACCCUAAAUAUGUGGACAUGAUCAAGGCUGCUAUCGCUACCCUAAAGGAACGCGGUGGUUCAUCUCGCCAAGCUAUUACAAAAUAUAUUCAUGCAAAUUACAAAGUUGCUGAAAACUCAGAUCAUCAUCUGAAAAUGGCUCUUAAACGAGGAGUAACAUCAGGCGAUUUGAUUCAAACUAAAGGCACUGGUGCUUCUGGAUCAUUCAAGCUAGGUCAGGUAAAAAAAGAAAAACCUAAGAAAAAGGCCGCAGCAAAAAAGCCAACGGCAAAGAAGCCUACUGCAAAGAAAAGUACACCAAAAAAGAAGCCAGCAAAGAAGAGCACGCCAAAGAAAGUAGCAAAGAAGCCUGCCACAAAGAAAGCCUCGGCUAAGAAACCAGCAGCUAAGAAACCCACAAAGAAGCCUGUUGCUAAAAAACCUGCAGCAAAGAAGGUCAAAAAGACUCCCAAAAAGGCAGCAAAGAAGACCGCAAAAAAAUAAUUUGUGUGUAUCUGGCUAUUACAUUAACAAACGGCUAUUUUUAUAGCCACACAUUUACAAAAAAACAUUAUCUUGGUACAAAGUUAAACUUGUUUAAGUCACUUAAACAGUUAAAAAAGAGUAAAUUUAAGAUUAGAUUCCCUAAGUUUAAGUAUUUUCGUUUUUAAA